CAACUUCACCCUGAGGCGGAGGGUCAUUGACGCUGGACUCGACAUGCUCCGAUUGAAAACGGCUGCACGCCCGAUUAAUUUAGUUGCAUUUUCAUCAUCCGGCAACAUCGGAAACGGCGGGGCGGCAAAGCCUUGCGAGGUAACUGCAUGCGUCGUGAUUGCCAUGUAGUUUUAUCCUUCAGCCUCUUGUUGAGUUGCGAUUGAUCGCUUUCCCCUAGCUCAAAGUCUUGUUGUGGCUCCUGUUAUUAAGCUCGUAAAUUUUAGUAACCGUACUUGGCGUGCGAUGGCUGGCCGUAUGAAUCGAAAAGACAUCCCGAGAUCUUUGUUACGAAUCCGGCUGCGAAAUAGCGUAGGAUGAAUAAAUACUGCCUCAAGAGUAUAUCUACGCGUAUAUAAAUAUACCGCUCUCCGCAGCGUAACAGGGCACAUUUAACUCUUCCACUGCCACCGCGUUAUUUGUGCAGCAUGCAUUCAAAUCUGUUUGUAAGGAUUCGCUCCUUAUACUUGCAACUAUUUCCACGCCAUUUUCCUCCGAAUCAUGAUGAGAUCUCUCAACCUGCACUAAGAGGUCACUUGCAGGACAACGAGGAAGAAACGAAUGCGCUAGGAAAAUACAGCUGGACACGCGUGCUCCACAAAAAGGGCCAUGAUGACGACGAUGAAAGUGAGACGCCACCGCAUUAUUUUUCAACACCUCCCGAGAACUUGCCCAAUAAUUAUAACAUUCCUGCGAAAAAGAACAUUAAUCUGGGGGAGAUUCUCUUUUUAACCAACAAAGAGAAGGCCCAAUAUGCAUCCCUGCACCGCGGAAAGGGAGCUCAUGAAGACACGUUGUUACAAAUAACAGCCCAACUAGGAUUUCAGACAUUUGCUAGCAUGACAUUAUACUAUCUUGCGAGGGCUUCGGCACAUAACUUUCAUUUGUGUCAUACCGAGUUUUGCAGAUUCGUAAAGAACUCAUUCCUUACGCUUGAUCCAAAUGUUGUUAUCGCCCUUUCAGGGAUGACUUGUGCGGUGGUGGGCAUACAGGGAAGGGAGCUAACAAAUUCUAACAUCUUUGCCUAUUUGAGACAAUUAGAGGCUGACUUAUAUGAUCUGUUGGAAUGGGGAUGCCAACCAGAGGCCGUCACUGUCUCUGAAGCGUCCAGUUCAUUUCAGGUCAUACAAAUAAUGUUAAGCCAAGGACCGUCGAGAAAAUUCUUGAAGUACCAAGGCAACCUGAAGAAGGAUUUGGAAGUUGGAUUGAGCACUUCUUGGGAUGUCGCAACUAAGCUGCGGACAUAAUUUUGCGCCCAUUUACAUCACACAUGGAGAACAUGUACCUAUCCAGCAGCAGCCGUUCAAGCCCGCAACCCACUUUGCUUCGGCCGUCUCGCUAUACUUGAUGGUUUCAGGAGGUAUUAUGGCGGACGGAGAAGAGAAUGAUCUGAUCAACCCAGUAAUUGAGGGGUUUUCACCGAGAAAAGCACAAAUUGCAUGUCCACGGGAGUCUCGGGCCAGCCAUGCGAAUGAUCAUCACACGAGGUAUCAGAUGCCAGGGAGUGCUUCUCUAGGUUAAUUCCGUCAAGUGUGUCGUGAAUGUUCGGUUAUAAUCUAUCCAUUCGCACUUGCUCAUUCAUCGGAGAAUUAGAAGUAUUGGGUUUGCUCUCUCAAUAAACUAGACAGUGACAGCUUGGUGGUUUUGUGGUGCCUAGGUCGGAUCAAUCAUUUGCAGGGCUAAAGUUCAGUAAUUGACCAAGCCUUAGUUGCCGUCAGUAAUCCCGUAUGAGAAUGCAUGGUGAUACCUCGUUGAACAUUCUACGUCU